UGCCAAAGCUCCAGGGGUUUGAGUUCUGGAGAGAGACAUUGAGAGGUGCUCACUAUGUAGUUGCUCCUAUGGUGGAUCAGAGCGAACUAGCUUGGAGACUAUUGAGCCGUCACCAUGGAGCCCAGUUGUGUUACACACCCAUGCUGCAUGCUCAGGUCUUUGUCAGAGAUGCCAAUUACCGCAAAGAGAAUUUAUACUGUGAUGUGUGCCCUGAGGAUCGGCCACUGAUUGUGCAGUUCUGUGCCAAUGACCCUGAAGUGUUUGUCCAGGCUGCACUGUUGGCUCAGGAUUAUUGUGAUGCCAUAGACCUGAAUUUGGGUUGCCCUCAGAUGAUUGCAAAGAGAGGUCAUUAUGGAGCAUUCUUGCAAGAGGAAUGGGCUCUUCUCCAGAAAAUGAUUUUGCUUGCUCAUGAGAAGCUCUCUGUUCCCAUCACAUGCAAAAUCCGUGUUUUCCCAGAAAUUGACAAGACAGUGAAGUAUGCACAGUUGCUGGAGAAGGCUGGCUGCCAGCUACUGACAGUCCAUGGCCGCACUAAGGAACAGAAGGGACCUCUUGCUGGUGUGGCAUCCUGGGAGCAUAUUAAGGCUGUGAGGAAGGCUGUGAGCAUCCCUGUGUUUGCAAAUGGAAACAUCCAGUACCUCAGUGAUGUGGAAGAGUGUAUGCAGAAGACAGGAGUGCAUGGUGUCAUGAGUGCAGAGGGUAAUCUUCAUAACCCAGCUCUGUUUGAGGGCCGAAAUCCUGUGGUAUGGGAGAUGACUGAGGAGUACCUGGAGAUAGUGCACCAAUAUCCUUGCCCACUGUCUUAUGUCAGAGCUCAUCUCUUCAAGCUCUGGCAUCACACGCUGCAGGUUUACCAGCAGCUUCGUGAAGAACUGGCAAAAGCGAAGACACUAGAGGGCAUUGCAGAUGUCAACAGAGACCUGAAGCUACGAUGCCAGGUACCAAUGUGGGCCUUAACUGCUGGAGUAACACUGACCCUACUUGGAGGGAACCUGCUGGUGUCAUAUGCACUUGAUCUGUGUUCGUGCAGUCUUGGAACUUGUGGGGAUGUAAAGUUCCAUGAGAGGGAGGAAAUAGCUAAUCAGAAAGAAGGAGAGAAGCCGAAGGGAGGAUUGCCUUUCUUCCAUUGGAUCUGUCAGCCAUAUGUCAGGCCAGGGCCAAAGGAGAUGUGCAAGGAAAAUGGAACCAGUGGGAGUGAAGGAGGCAUGCGAGGGAAACGAGCCCUGGAGGAUGAGGAUGAUGGAAACGCUGAUAUUCUCUCAAAGAAUAAACAAAAGAAAAAAUUGAGAAAUCCAAAUAAACGCUUUGAUCCGUCUUUGAAACCUAAAUAUGCAAAAUGUGAUCAUUGUGGAAACCCAAAGGUCAUGGAUUACUUUUUAAAACCAAAUAUGAAAAGUCCCUUCUGUGGAAAAGUGGCCAACCAGAGAUGCAGAAGAUUGAAAGGACACAGAAAGGGGAUGUGGAGGAAACUGCUGGACUGAAAGAGGGUAUUGACACUGUACUGUGAGCCUUCAAACUAGAUUCUACUGGAUCUGCUUCCCUGUCUCUGUUUCCCUAGGCCAAAGAAUCUGCCAUUCCAGAGCACCAUCAGCAGCCUGGAGUAGUUCCACAGGUUUGUUCUAAGGUCUGGACAAGUUUUAUUUAAGGAAAAGCUGCUUACUCAGGGAAAUAUCCUGCCUUUGAAUAGAAGGAUGCAACUAAAGUUCUCAAUGUCUUUUAAAGACUUUAAAGGACUCAGCCAGAAGCACUGGCCUGAAAAUGCUGCACUGGAGUGGGGGGAGAUGAUGUACUAAGGUCAUGAACUGUCUGUUGUACAUUAACCCUUCAUGUGCUGUUUUAAAAGCGGG